AGAGUCUUAAAUCUGGUAUACCUUAUGAUUUUCUGUUUCUCUGUCCCAAAUAAAAUCUUGAUUUUGAUCGUCUCUCUCACACACACACAGAAACACAUUCCCUUUUUCGCUGCUGGGUUGCAUGUUCUUUCUUCUCUCUCCAUACUUUCCUUAAUUCCUCCGCAAUCUCACGUCUUUUUCACCAAAUUCCUCUCUUUACAGCAAAACCCAUAUUAAUAACACCCUCCGUCAUCUCCCUCACUGUUAAUUCACCCUAAUUGCCAGCUACAAGACUAGGGUUUUCGCUUUUGCUAUAGAAGAAAGGAAUCGGAUUCAAGCACAGUUGUUUUUAUCUCUUGCUCAAACUCUCUAAGUAUCCCGAUCGCAAAACCUUAGAUUCCUAAUUUAAUCGAAAGCUGCAGCAUAGUUCCGCCUUUCUCUCUCUUAGGGUUUGGAUUUUGUUAGGCUUAAUUAGGGCUUAUGGAGGCUUAGAAUUAAAGGAAAGCACCACUGUUCUUCUUUCCUCUACUCUUUCUCUUGCUUUGUUUCUUUAGAUUAAUAGAAAAUAAUGGAGAAGUACGAGCUUGUAAAGGAUAUAGGAUCUGGGAACUUCGGAGUUGCGAGGUUGAUGAGGAACAAAGUUACCAAAGAGCUUGUUGCUAUGAAAUAUAUAGAAAGAGGACACAAGAUUGAUGAGAAUGUUGCUAGAGAAAUCAUCAAUCAUAGAUCCCUUCGACAUCCAAAUAUAAUUCGAUUUAGAGAGGUAGUACUCACCCCCACCCACCUUGCUAUUGUGAUGGAGUAUGCUGCAGGCGGGGAGCUUUUUGAGAGGAUUUGCAAUGCUGGAAGAUUCAGUGAAGACGAGGCUAGAUACUUCUUCCAACAGCUUAUAUCAGGAGUUCACUACUGCCAUUUCAUGCAAAUCUGCCAUAGAGAUUUGAAGCUUGAAAACACUCUUUUAGAUGGAAGCCCUGCACCAAGGCUGAAAAUUUGUGAUUUUGGCUACUCAAAGUCAUCACUGCUACACUCCAGACCCAAAUCCACAGUGGGCACCCCUGCAUACAUUGCUCCUGAGGUUCUUUCUCGUAGAGAAUAUGAUGGAAAGACAGCAGAUGUUUGGUCUUGUGGAGUGACACUUUACGUGAUGCUGGUGGGGGCAUACCCUUUUGAAGAUCAAGAAGAUCCUAAAAAUUUCAGGAAGACAAUUCAACGAAUAAUGGCUGUUCAAUACAAGAUCCCAGACUAUGUUCAUAUAUCUCAAGAUUGUAGACAUCUUCUUUCUCGGAUAUUUGUUGCCAAUGCAUCAAGGAGAAUUACCCUAAAAGAAAUCAAAAGCCAUCCAUGGUUUGUCAAGAACUUGCCUCGGGAACUAACAGAAGCAGCACAAACUGCAUAUUAUCGAAAGGAAAACCCGACAUUUUCCCCACAAAGUGUAGAAGAAAUCAUGAAAAUUGUGGAGGAAGCAAGAUCUCCUCCACCAGUUUCCCGAUCACUUGGAGGGUAUGGAUGGGGGGAUGAUGAUGAAGAUGAUGAUGAUAAAGAAGAGGAAGGAGAAGCAGAAGAUGAAGGGGAAGAUGAGUAUGAUAAGAGAGUCAAAGAAGCUCAUGAAAGUGGAGAAAUUGGUCCCAUUUAAAAUUCAUCUUUAAAGAGAGGAUUUGUGUAAAAAUGGAGGUUAAAUAAUGGAAGUAAGUCUGUAAAUUUGUGUGGUAUUAUUAUUUAUGUCAAAUAGUAGGUGUGUUUGGUUGGUGUGUGAGGACAUGUGAGUAUUGGUUUGGUUUCAAGUUGCGGGGAUUGACUUAUUGACUUCUUUUUGGUAAAGAUUUAUUAUUAUAUUCUACAUGUUUGAUGCUUAGUUUAAUG